AUGACAAUCUCAUCCAAGUUCAAAAGAAGUGAACCUGCAGCAUCGGUGGAACCUAUAGAAUUCAGCAAAGAUCAAUAUUCCAUUCUUAUGGAGAUAAAAGAUCAGCAUGCACUGAAGGCACCAGCUGAAAUGAAAACUCCCUACAGGAAUAGGGAUAAAAGCAUGUUUUGCCACUUUCAUAAAGAUUGUGGUCAUGAAACAAAUGAAUGCAAGCAUCUGAAGAGAGCUUUGGAGGAUUUAGCUCGUAAAGGGAAGAUGAAUUCAUAUCUACCUCAAGGAGGAAGAAAGUUUCAAAAGCGAGUUGAUCAACAAAACCGAAGAAAAGAAAGUGAAAGCACUGACGAAGAUGUAGUGCUUGUCAUAUCUGGAGGUUUUGCAGCAGGAGGUCCAACCAACCGAGGACAUAAGAAUUACAAAAGGGAACUCGGCCAGAUCAUGCAUACCAAUCAGGCAAAAUCUGACCCCUUCCCUAAGGUAGUCGUUAGUGAGCUGGAUCGCGGGAAUAUAGGAACCCCCCAUGACGACCAUUUGGUUGUGGAAAUGAAGAUUGCAAACCACAGAGUGAGAAGGUCCUGA